AUGCCUGCAAAAUCGCGAUUCACAAGGCUGGACGCCUUCGCCAAGACCGUCGAAGAUGCUCGCAUUCGCACGACCUCUGGAGGUGUCAUCACCAUCGCGUCGCUGUUCAUUGUUCUCUGGCUGGUCUGGGGAGAAUGGGCCGACUACCGGCGAGUAGUGGUGCUGCCGGAGCUCAUUGUUGACAAGUCUCGAGGCGAGCGCAUGGAGAUCCAUUUGAACAUGACUUUCCCCCGACUGCCGUGUGAGCUCUUGACUCUGGAUGUCAUGGAUGUCUCCGGUGAGCAGCAGGUAGGCGUUGCGCAUGGCGUGAACAAGGUCCGCCUCAGCCCAGCUGCAGAAGGAGGUCGGGUACUCGAUAUCCAGACUCUGGAACUGCACUCGAGCGAAGAAAUCGCCAAACACCUGGACCCGGACUACUGCGGCGAAUGCGGUGGCGCGCCGCCGCCGCCAAACGCAAUCAAGCAGGGCUGCUGUAGCACAUGUGAGGAAGUGCGCGAGGCCUACGCACAGAAGUCAUGGGCCUUUGGUAACGGCCACAAUAUCGAGCAGUGCCAGCGCGAGGGCUACUCGGAUAAGAUCGAUGCACAGCGGCGCGAGGGAUGCCGGGUGGAGGGUGUGUUGCGGGUGAAUAAAGUGGUGGGCAACUUCCACAUUGCUCCAGGCCGCAGCUUCACGAACAUGAACGUGCACGCGCACGACCUGGAGAACUACUUCACGCCCGACUCGGCACCGGCAGACCAGCACACCAUGACGCACAUGAUCCACGAGCUCCGCUUCGGUCCUGCCCUUCCUGCCGAGCUGGCGGAUCGCUGGCAGUGGACUGAUCACCACCACACCAACCCGCUGGACGACACGAAGCAGGAGACAGACCAACCGGCUUUCAACUUCAUGUAUUUUGUCAAGGUCGUCUCGACCGCCUACCUGCCCUUGGGUUGGGACCCUCUCUUCUCCACUGCCAUCCACACUGCCUACGACAAGGCUCCUCUUGGCACCCAUGGCCUCGCCUACGGAGCCCAGGGCAGCAUCGAAACGCAUCAGUACUCUGUUACUUCGCACAAACGCUCACUGAUGGGCGGUGAUGACGCUGCGGAGGGUCACAAGGAACGCAUGCACGCCUCUGGCGGUAUCCCUGGUGUCUUCUUCAAUUACGAUAUCUCCCCUAUGAAGGUUAUCAACCGCGAGGCUCGCCCCAAGACCUUCACCGGUUUCCUGACGGGUGUCUGCGCCAUCAUUGGUGGUACCUUGACCGUCGCUGCUGCUUUGGACCGUGGUCUGUACGAGGGUGUGAUGCGCGUCAAGAAGAUGCAUACCAACUAG